AGUGCAAGACUGUUGUCAUUGAGAGCUGUCAUAAAUCAUUACCGAGCAGCAGCUGUAGGAGCCAAAAAUUAGUUGAAAAACUACGUAGAAAAAGGAUGACUGCGGUUGGUGGUCUCUGCGCAGCUAUUGUAUAGAUCCCGACGACAAGCACGGCAAGCUGGUCUCCAUUCAGCGGAGAAUUGGACGGAGGGCUUAGCUGGUGUAGUAGGUACACACAGAUGUAAAUUUAAAUAAGUGUGACUGUGUGACGUGCUGAGGUAGUUGAUGUGGAGAGUCGUAAGCGGCGUUGGUGGCGGUCCUCAGCUCACUGUAGAGUCCGGUGUACAGUGUGCCGACGUCCUCGGUUUGGAGCGGGCUCGAGGGGUUGAGCGAUAUCAUCAUACGCGAGUGUGUACGUUUUAUUAUUUUUACAUAAGCCCGAAUUAACAAACGAGUGUGUCGUAAGUACAGUGCCAGUGAAGUGCGUGAUAAUUGAUAUUUUUGGUUUAUUCUAUUGAAUAACAAUACUAUAUAAAUCUUACAAUACGUCUGCAUAUAUUUAUUUAUCUUUGUUAUUUUUAGAUUUGAAGAUAAAUAAUAAUCAAUAUUAAUGGAUUGACCAACAAAAAGUGUGUUCACUGGAGGUGAUUAAGUUACACCGAUAACAGUUGAUAUUUAAAUGAAAAUUGGAAUAAUAAUUAUCAAAGUUAAGUUGGUAAGCACCUUACCCAACAAUUAGUGUGUGUGUUUGGUACGUGGGGACUUUGGAGCAGAGAGAAACGACGGCAGUGGCGGUUGUAAUUGACAGGAAAGAUGGCGCAAGGUGCAGACGAGGAGUGUUGACCUAUUUUGUUGACCCCCGUGAAGUUUUUUGUGAGAAUAAUCGAGCGUUCUGUCACGCGCCUGGUUGAUCCAAGCUCCAACAUUGCCAAGGAGCCAGUAAUUAUUCGAGGCCAUUGUAAUUUAAAUAAUUAAUCGUUAAUUACUCAACAACUACCAAUAAUAACAAUAUUACAGCAAAGAUUCGUCAGUCAUAAUAACCACUGAUAAUUAUUUAACUGAGCAUUAAAAUAAUCUUUGGUAGAAUCUGGCGAGCAGGACACCAGAGCUGAAAACACUCCGGCGAGCAGGAGUGUUUUGAAUUAUUGCCUUCAAAGGAACGAGUAAAGCCGCAGCAAUUUUGAAAAAAUUCGAUAUCCGUGGAGCCUUAGCGGGCUCGAGCACGGGUGGAAAGAUGGGGAACAAUGCUGCGACAGCUAACAAAAAGGUUGACGCUGCUGAGAGUGUCAAGGAGUUCUUGGACGAGGCGAAGGAAGAGUUCGAGGAGAAGUGGAAGAAGAAUCCAACCAACACCGCUGCGCUUGAUGACUUUGAGAGGAUCAAGACUCUGGGUACCGGCUCCUUCGGGAGGGUCAUGAUAGUCCAGCACAAGCCGACCAAGGAGUAUUAUGCUAUGAAAAUCUUGGAUAAACAGAAAGUCGUUAAGUUAAAACAGGUGGAGCAUACGCUUAAUGAAAAGCGUAUAUUACAGGCUAUAAGUUUUCCAUUUCUCGUUUCGUUACGUUUUCAUUUUAAGGAUAAUUCAAAUCUUUAUAUGGUACUUGAGUAUGUACCCGGUGGAGAAAUGUUUUCACAUUUACGAAAAGUUGGAAGAUUCUCCGAGCCACACUCGCGUUUUUACGCCGCUCAAAUAGUACUUGCUUUUGAGUAUUUACAUUACCUUGAUCUCAUUUAUCGUGACUUGAAGCCCGAAAAUCUUCUGAUUGACUCUCAGGGUUACCUUAAGGUCACUGAUUUUGGAUUUGCAAAAAGAGUAAAAGGGCGAACGUGGACGCUCUGCGGUACUCCGGAAUAUUUAGCGCCCGAAAUAAUUUUAAGCAAGGGUUACAAUAAAGCCGUAGAUUGGUGGGCGCUUGGAGUUUUAGUCUAUGAAAUGGCUGCCGGUUAUCCGCCAUUUUUUGCCGACCAGCCGAUUCAAAUUUACGAAAAAAUAGUAAGCGGCAAAGUAAGAUUUCCAUCGCACUUUGGGUACGAUUUAAAGGACCUGCUGCGUAAUUUACUUCAAGUUGACUUGACCAAGAGGUACGGGAACCUCAAAGCUGGCGUUAAUGAUAUCAAGGGACACAAAUGGUUCGCCAGCACCGACUGGAUUGCUGUCUUCCAGAAACGCAUUGAAGCUCCCUUCAUACCCAAGUGCAAGGGUCCCGGCGACACUAGUAAUUUUGAUGAUUACGAGGAAGAGCCCCUGAGAAUCUCAAAUACCGAAAAAUGCGCCAAAGAAUUCGCUGAAUUUUAAAUUUAUUAUUAUUAUUAUUAUUAUUAUUAUUAUUAUUAUUAUUAUUAUUAUUAUUAUUAUUAUAUUGGUGUUGAAUUAUUUUAAAAUAAUGCCAAUUUAAUCUAUUGGAAUUUAUUAAGUAAAUAUUCAGUCAUACGCUGAAUUAUUUAUUGGCAACAAACAAAUAUUGGUCGAUUGGUACCGUUCGAUAAAAAUGUUCAACUGGAUGUUAAACGUCUACUUUUGGUUGCUGCUGUCAUUUUACAUUACUACUACUGUAAUGACAAUUAAUUAUUAAUCAACAAGAACAACAACAAUAAUAAUAAUCAUAAUCUAUGUACGUGAUUGUAUCGAUGAUUAUUAUCUAUUUUUCAUACCUGGCCUCCGUCAUUCCAAGGAGUUAUCUGGAAUCUUUUGCAAUCUCGCUGUGAUUCUUCAUUUUGUGUAUAAUUAUAAAUAAUAAAAUGUGGUUCCCAUUAAAGUAAUAAUGGAAGUAAUAAAAACUAGUCGUUAUCAUCUCAGCAGAAGAAUUUAAUAAUGUAAAAGAAAAUAAACCAGAUUAUUCUAUCGAGUAUGUAGUAGCAAAUAACUAUCAUCCACGAUAAUCGUUUGUGAAUGCUCAUCAUUCAGCCAAUCUAGAGACAUACGAGGAUUAAUAAAAUGAAAAGUACUACUAUACUAGUACUAGUACACAUGCACUUUAUUGAAGAUAAUCUCUUUAAAGUAUACUGAAACAAAUAAACCAAACGAUACCAAACUAAAUCUUAAAUCUAUAUAUUUUAAUCUUUAAUCUCUAAUUAAACAUCAGCAAAAACUAAUCUCUACUUUGAAAGACACCAAUUAAAAUUUUUCGAUGCACUUGCAUCUGAUGUUUACUCGAAAACUUUUGUUAAAACUCUAAUAGUGUUAUUCAGUUUAAUUAGUUAAAGUGUAAUAGUUGAUGUUUUGUUUUAAUACUAAGCACCUUGCAUAAAUAUUUUUAAAUAAGACCACACGUCCAAUUGCAUCCGCAUUUUCAUCGUCAUUAAUUAAUUAAUUCACAAGGAGUAUUUUUGAGUUGGUAAUUUUAAUAAUUAUCAAUUUUAUUGUCAAGAACAUGAAGAUUGGAAGAUUAUCGGCGGAACACCGUCUAAUCGUGGAGCAGCCAUUUAAAAGGGAGUACGAUUGAGACUGAGAGAGUUUUACUAUUAUUAUAUAUUAUAUUAUAUUAUAUAUAUUAUAUAUUACUGUGGGUGGAUCAUAAAAAUUUCACGAAUGUGUGUGAAAGAAUAUGAGAGAGAGAGAGAGAGAGAGGCUAAAGUGUGAAUAUGUAUCAUAAUUCCUUUUAUUGUUCCUCCGUGUCAAGAGCACAAUGACUCGAUAACGGAGACUCAAACUAAACGGACCUUGAGUGUGUUAUAUUAUUUAUGAAUGUAUGUAUGUAUGUGGAUGAAUAUAUUAGAUUUUAUGACACACUAGCUCUCGGCAACAGCUUUUCGCGGUCGUUAAUAGCAAUCCAUUGAAAAUGAUAAAAAUAGCAGUAGCGGAAAAAUAAUAAUUAAUGUGCUAAAUAAUAAAAUAUUAUUAUCAUUGUAACAGUAUAAAAAAAAUCUAAAUAAUAAAUAAAAAUUAAUUACAUACAGUAGUCGAUGCUAUUUUUAUCAGCUUUAAGAGUAAUUAAUGAUCGCUUUGUAUGUUAAAUAUUGAGGAUACAUGGAAUUAAAAUAAAAAGUAUUUUUUGCAGAGCAUUAUAUUAAUUCAGGAAAAAUAUCCAGUUGACAAUUAUAUAUUAUUAAUUAUUAAAUAUUAAUUAUAAAUGGUGUAAUGUCUUUAUGUUGGAUUAGUAAAAAUAUUUAAUAUAAUAAUUAAAUAAACGAUUUACAAUUUAUGGUGUGAGUAGCGAUAUGUUAUGAUCUCAUCUGGAUAUUAUUUCCCGAGUUAGGUUUAUCGUCCUCGUCGGCGUAACUGCUGCUGCUGCUGCUACAUACAUGUAAUGUACUGCCAACGCAAUAUGUACCAGUGUAUAUAUGCGGAGGCAAUCUUUAAUAAUAACAAAAAUAACAAUAAUAAUAUUAAUAUUAAUAAUAAUAGUUAAAUAAAGUCUCGACAUGACUGUUAAUACGAGAGUACAUUAAAUGUGAAUGUGUUAUGUCAAUGAGCGUAAUAUGUUAAAUCAUCAUAUUGCACUAGAAGGGAGUAUAACAUUACGAGAAAUUCUCAAGUAUUGUAUAUUAUAUAUUCUAGCAUAGAAAAAAUUAUUUCACGUUUUAGAUUACAUAUAUUUAUAUUUACAUCUAUUCUAGGAUAUAUAGUCCUCCCUACCUCAAAAACCAUUUUCACAUCUAUUUUUUUUUAUAUUUUAUCUCUCUUAUUUAGGAGCUAGACAGCGUCAUGGAAAAAUAUUUUUUUUUUUAUUUUAAAAUUGAAAAAAAUUUUUUUUUUUUUUCUAAAGAAAAUUAUUUGAAAAUUUGUAAAUAAAUAUACUUCAAUUAUUUUCAAAAAAUAAGUCAACAACUAAUUUUUGAAUAUUGAAAUAAUUUUAUUAAAAAAAAUUAUUUUUCCAUAAAAUUAAUCUAAGCUCCUUAAAAAAAAAAAAAAAACGUACAAUUAAGUAUUCUACUAAAUAUUGAGCCCUUAGUUUUAAAAACUACUAGGUCUCGCGCUCGACAUAUGUCUUGGCACUCAUUGUACAUACUAUUUAGAAAUACCUGGUAAUUUUGUUAUUUAUAGAUGAGCCAUAUAAAUAUAAAUAUAAAUUAUUUUGUGAAUGCUCGGUCGCAGUAUUUUAAAUUUAUAAAAUUAUAAAAUAUCUCUGCACGUAAUAAUAAUAUAAAUCGUAAUAAAAUUCACCUAUACAAUGUAUACGGUCAUAUAAAUAAUGUAAUACGCCUAUCAACACUCAUACAGUACAUUACACUACACCUAUAAA